AUGGCAAGGCAGUCGUCAUUUCUCACUCCCCUCCCAUCGGUUCUUGUCACGUCUGCGAUGUUCCCGACAAAUCCCCUCGAUCUACAUGAGAUUCGCUCAAGGAUUGCCAGAAGCUUUGGCCUCAAAGACCUCGCGACCUGUGCGCGUGUGAGUCAGGAUUGGAACGACUCAUUUACACCGCCACUCUACAGCUCUGUCGUUUUGUCGACACAAGGCCCCAGCAUUGAAUCUAUCGAGAGACACAAGCACCUUAUACAACACCUGGAGGUUCAGAGCUGGGCCUAUGGGAAACUAUCAUCAACAUCUGCACGAGACAAACUAAUUUGCAACAUCAUGGACAACUCCACUCUAGCCAUUUUGAAUUUGACGAGCAACUCAAUCGGACCCGACAGGGCUGCUGCGCUGUUUGAGGCACUCAAGACCAACUCGACUCUGACCACUUUGGAGUUGGGACACAACUCGAUCGGGGACAACGGAGCUGUUGCGCUGUCUGAGGCACUCAAGACCAACUCGACUCUGACCACUUUGGACUUGGGACACAACUCGAUCAGGGACAACGGAGCUGUUGCGCUGUCUGAGGCACUCAAGACCAACUCGGCCUUAACCACCUUUAACCUGGGGGGCAACUGGAUCGGAGAUAACGGAGCUGUUGCGCUGUCUGAGGCACUCAAAACCAACUCGACCUUAACCACUUUGGACUUGUCCGACAACUCGAUCGGAAACAACGGAGCCCAGGCGCUGUCUGAGGCACUCGAGACUAACUCGGCCCUAACCACCUUGAAGUUGUUCGAAAACUCGAUCGGACCCAACGGAGCUGUUGCGCUGUCCAAGUCACUCAAGACCAACUCGACCCUAACCACUUUGGAGUUGGGGGGUAACUCGUUCGGAGACAACGAAGCUGUUGCGCUGUCUGAGGCACUCAAGACCAACUCGACUCUGACCACUUUGAUCUUGUGGGGCAUUUCAACCGAAGAAGAUAAUUCGGAUGAAGACAACUCGAUCGGGAACUACGGAGUUAUUGCACUGUCUGAGGCACUCAAGACCAACUCGACCCUAACCACUUUGGACUUGUUCGACAACUCGAUCGGAAACAACGGAGCCCAGGCGCUGUCUGAGGCACUCAAGACUAACUCGGCCCUAACCACCUUGAACCUGGGGAUCAACUUGAUCGGAGAUAACGGAGUUGUUGCGCUGUCUGAGGCACUCAAGACGAACUCGACCCUAACCACUUUGAGAUUGCAGAGAAACUCAAUUGGACCCGACGGGGCUGCUGCACUGUCUGAGGCACUCAAGACGAACUCGACCUUAACCACUUUGGAACUGGGAGGCAACUCGAUCGGGCCCAACGGAGCUGAGGCGCUGUCUGCGGCACUCAAGACCAACUCGACCUUAACCACUUUGAACCUGGGGGGCAACUCGAUCGGGCCCAACGGAGCUGAGGCGCUGUCUGGGGCACUCAAGACCAACUCGACUCUGACCACUUUGUACUUGGGAUACAACUGGAUGGAAAACAACGGAGCCCAGGCGCUGUCUGAGGCACUCGAGACUAACUCGACUCUGACCACUUUGGACUUGGGACACAACUCGAUCGGGGAAAACGGAGCUGUUGCGCUGUCUGAGGCACUCAAGAUCAACUCGACUCUGACCACUUUGGACUUGGAACACAACUCGUUCGGAGAUAACGGAGCUGUUGCGCUGUUUAAGUCGCUCAAAACCAACUCGACUCUAACCACUUUGGAGUUGAAAUACACCUGGAUGGGAAACAACGGAGCCCAGGCGCUGUCUGAGGCACUCGAGACUAACUUGGCCCUAACCACCUUGAACCUGGGGAUCAACUUGAUCGGAGUCGUUGCGCUGUCUGAGGCACUCAAGAUCAACUCGACUCUGACCACUUUGACCUUGUGGGGCAUUUCGACCGAAGAAGACAAUUCGGAUGAAAACAACUUGAUCGGGGACUACGGAGUUGUUGCGCUGUCUGAGGCACUCAAGACCAACUCGACUCUGACCACUUUGGAGUUGGGAUACAACUCGAUCGGGGACAAUGGAGCUGUUGCGCUGUCUGAGGCACUCAAGACCAACUCGACCCUAACCACUUUGGACUUGUUCGACAAAUCGAUCGGAAACAACGGAGCCCAGGCGCUGUCUGAGGCACUCAAGACUAACUCGGCCCUAACCACCUUGAACCUGGGGAUCAACUUGAUCGGAGAUAACGGAGUUGUUGCGCUGUCUGAGGCACUUAAGACGAACUCGACCUUAACCACUUUGAGAUUGCAGAGAAACUCAAUUGGACCCGACGGGGCUGCUGCACUGUCUGAGGCACUCAAGACGAACUCGACCUUAACCACUUUGGAACUGGGGGGCAACUCGAUCGGGCCCAAUGGAGCUGAGGCGCUGUCUGACGCACUCAAGACGAACUUGACUCUGACCACUUUGGAGUUAGGAUACAACUGGAUGGGAAACAACGGAGCUGAGGCGCUGUCUGGGGCACUCGAGACUAACUCGGCCCUAACCACCUUGAACCUGGGGAACAACUUUAUCGGAGAUAAUGGAGCUGUUGCGCUGUUUAAGGCACUCAAGACAAACUCGACUCUCAUCACUUUGGACUUAGUAGGCAACUUGAUCGGAGCUAACGAAGUCGCGGUGCUGUCUGAAAUACGCAAAACCAACUCGACUCUGACCAUUAUGGGCGUCGUAUUUUAUUGA